CAUCGAGAGAGACAACUUCAAAGUCUGUCUACUGUCGCAUCAUUCAUUCCAAUUUGUGAUUUGAGACCACUGACACUGAUAUAUAUUAGUGUUUGAGACUAUAGGCCGGGAACACACAUGAGACCAGCGAAACACAGUGUGUCGUCCUUUUUACGCCAAGGGUAAUUCGGAGAAAUUUUUUAGACGACUACAACAGCCAUGUCAUCUUCCAUUGAACAAUUCGUUGGAGAAAACCUGAGAUGCGAGCUGCUCGCGUUAAUAUGGAUUCUCUGGUCCUGGAAGUUUUAUCUCAGUCUUCGCCAGACAAAGUUAAUGAACAAACUUGUUGACGUCCCUGGCGAACUGAAGGACCUCAUCACGCCGGAGGUUUAUAAUAAGGCACGCCUCUACGCCAUCGAUUGCAAUUAUUUUUCAAACAUCAAAAGUCUGUUUUCGACAUUCGUCACCACGGGGAUGAUACUGUUUUUUGCCUUCCAUCAUUUUUGGGAUUGGGCGGUGAAAAUUUCUACCGCGUGCGGAAUUAGCAAGCAUAACGAAAUACUGAUUGGCGGUACUUGCAUGCUGAUCAUGAACAUCCUUAGCACUAUCGUUGACCUGCCAUUUUCUGUCUACAAUACAUUUUGGCUUGAAAACAAGCACGGAUUCAAUAAGCAGACUGUUUCAUUCUAUAUAAAGGACCAGAUAAAGAAAUUUAUCGUGCUACAAAUAAUUGUGAUUCCGCUGAAAUGCGGAGUAGUUUGGAUAGUUCAAAUAGGAGGAGAUUAUUUCUUUGUCUAUCUGUGGGUCUUUACCGGCAUUGUAACUCUGUUUAUGCUGAUUAUAUACCCAGAGGUUAUAGCUCCAUUGUUUGACAAGUACUCUCCGUUGCCCGAAGGAGAGCUUAGAACAAAAAUUGAAGAGCUCGCAUCAUCCCUUGGUUUUCCCUUGUACAAAUUGUACAUUGUUGAAGGAUCCAAACGAUCCUCUCACAGCAAUGCGUACCUUUACGGUUUUCACAAGCACAAGAGAAUCGUCCUAUUCGACACCCUGGUCAAAGAAUAUUAUAAACCAGACGCCAAUGACACCGAUAAAGACAAAGGUUGUGAAACUGACGAAGUCGUGGCCGUUUUAGCCCACGAACUUGGUCACUGGAAGUUGAAUCACACCUUCAAGUGUCUUGUACUGUCACAGGUCAACAUUCUAUUAAUAUUCAUUAUCUUUGCUAAACUGCUCAACUAUCAACCAAUGUACACUGCAUUCGGAUUCAGCGAUUCGCAGCCAAUAUUCAUUGGAUUAAUUAUCGUAAUGAUGUACAUCCUGAUCCCGCUAAAUACGUUAAUGGGCUUUGUCUCCGUUGUGAUCAGCCGGAAGUUUGAAUUUCAAGCAGAUAAUUUUGCAAAGACCUUAGGACACACUAUCCCCCUGAAAAGUGCACUAGUUAAAUUGCACAAAGACAAUCUGGGUUUUCCUGUAUUUGACAAGCUCUAUUCAGGAUGGCAUCACUCUCAUCCCCCGUUACUUGAGCGACUAGAAGCUCUGGAUGACAAAAAAUCAAACUAGAUAAUUCGCUUUCACGUUUUGAGCAUGCUGCUGCUAUUGCCGCCACUGAAUCAAUCACGAGACAAUCGCAGAAAAGCGGAACGAGAUGAAACAAUGGGAAUGAUAUAGCCGAAUGCAUGGCAAGAACAGGAAUUUGUACUUACACCAUCUCGCAUGUUACUUAAAGCAUGCAUCAUAAUAAGAAUGU